CUGCAAAUUAGCCAAUUUAUUUUUUCCAUUAUUAAUUCUCGAUUCAACCCGACCGUUGGGCCCCAAUGAGUCCCAUCAAUAGUUUGUGGUUCAAGUGGAAAAGCCUGCGAUUGCCGUGGCGAAAAUCCUUCCUAGCGGGAUCGGACUUGGCCGGAAACACGUACUGGGAAUUCAAAGAUGCUCUGAACGCCGCGCGAUACCGACGCAUCGUCAAAGUCGACCCUAAAACCCAUCUCGGAGAUGUCCAAGUGAGCCCGCAAUGGCACCAGUGGCUCCGACACAUGCGAAAGAAUGCCCCGACGAUUGAAGAACAGCAGUACGAUCUCGUUCGCCAGGCCCAGAUGAAGCAGCUGGCUCGACUGGCCGACGAGCGAUGGGCCAGCAAACCGUCCUACCUCGAUAAGCCGCAGACCCAGCAACCUGCGCCGGCGACGAAGACGAGCGACGAUACGUUGAAUCCGCCUGCGCGUGAGACCGACACUGCUCCGGAGCGGGACGGGGGCGCCGAGAGAGAGGAACAACCGGCAGCGAAAGAGGAUCCCUGGGCGAAGGCGAGAGGGUCGCCGGGCGAGAACUGGCAGCCGGAUUCCUGGUCGCCGAAGGCGUCGGGGAGAUGAGAUGGUGGAAUAUUUCGGAAGUCUUCUGGCAGUGUCUGGUCCUGGCCUUGGUGCUGCAUGGUCUUCGUUGCUAUCCGGACCGGGCGAUGCGGCUUCGUCUACAUAACCUGUGCUUGGGGUGACGAUGCUGCUAUUUUUUAAGAGUACUGGCAACCCAAAUCUGCCUAGACUCGAUGACUGAGUUCAUCAUCCUUAGGUGCUCAUUACGUCCAGUAUACAUUCUAUGGUCCAUUGGCAAGCUAUAAAAGCAUGGGUAUCGGCGUUGAUUGGAUAACACUCUCCUUUCUAUCUCACAUAUAUUAAUUUUCACUGUACAAUAGUCCAAUCAUAAGAAAACGACGAUUACGACAUAAUUUUAUCUCUUCCUAGGGAUUGGCCCAGAUGAAGGUCUCCCGAAUGACAAUCAUCUGCUCGUCGAUUGGACACCGCAAGUGGAGAUCAGGUGGAUGGAGA